CCACAUCUAAUCGAUCUCAGAAGGCCUCAGUGGGGAAGACUCAUUUGUGGAUUGUAACGUGGUCAGUCCUAAAUAGAUGGACAGGAGUGAUAGAAAAUGACAGACUACGGAGAGGAGCAGAGGAAUGAGUUGGAAGCAAUAGAGUCCAUUUACCCAGACUCUUACACAGUUCUGUCAGAGAAUCCAGCAAGCUUCACCAUCACAGUCACUUCAGAAGCAGGAGAAAAUGACGAAACGGUGGAAGUGACAUUAAAGUUCACUUAUGUGGAGAAAUAUCCGGAUGAGCCUCCCCUCUGGGAGAUCCACGCACAGGAGAACCUGGAGGAUUCGGACGCAGAGGAAGUCCUCAGUUUACUACAACAGCAGGCAGAGGAGAACCUUGGGAUGGUGAUGAUAUUCACAUUAGUCACUGCUGUGCAGGAGAAACUCAAUGAAAUCGUGGACCAGAUCAAGAGCAGGGAAGAGGAGGCCAGGCUGCAGGCGGAGAAGGAGUUAGAGGAAGCUGAGAAGAAAGCCUUCCAGGGUACAGUGGUGACCAUCGAGAACUUCCUGUCGUGGAAGGCAGGCUUUGAGCAAGACAUGGCGGAGAUCAGGAAGAAGAGACAGAAAGAGGAAGAGCAGACGGGGAAGAACAAACUCACAGGAAAACAGUUAUUUGAAACAGACCACAAUCUCGACACGUCAGAUAUCCAGUUUCUGGAGGACGCUGGGAACAGCGUGGAGGUGGACGAGUCCCUCUUCCAGGACAUCGACGAUUUGGACCUGGACGAAGACGACCCGGACUUUGACCCGUUAGCGCUCGGCAGCGAUGAGGACUGAAGUGACGUAUUCCGCGUGAAAGGUGCAGACUGAUGGGCAACGCACCGCAAAGCACCGCUGCCUGUCAGCCGCUUCCCUGUACGAAACACAGACUGUCUCCGCAAUCAAGCUGUAAUCUGUGAUGAUGCCGUAUCGGGGUGUUUCUGUGCAACUCUCCCCUGUUGUGAUUUCUACGCCUAUGCCAUUAAAGUCGUCAGCCGUUA